AUGGAAAAAACCUGUCCAACCCGAGUUGUUGUGUGUGCAGCUGUAGCUGCACUCACAUUGGCCUGGUUGACAACGGCCCAACCCCCAGCAGCUCAACCACAAACCCCAGGUGGGCAACCCCAAACCCCAGGCUUCCAACCUCAAACCCCAGGAGUCCAACCCCAAACCCCAGGUGGGCAGCCACAAACCCCAGGUCUCCAACCGCAAACCCCGGGCUUGCAACCCCAAACCCCAGGUGACCAACCACAGACUCCGGGCGCCCAACCGCAGGCUGCCUGCAGUGCCAGAUUUGAGGCAGCGGUCACGCCGAAAUGUUUCGACGCCUCUGGAGUCAACUUUACAGGAAUUAUCUACUUGCUCAGCGGCAAUAGAUCUGGCAGCAUCCCGACCGGCUACACCCACCAGAGCUUUGUACAGUUUAUCUGCGGCCAGGAAAAACAGGACACAAUCAUUCCCUGUGUCUUGGCACAGAUGCAAGAACACAACACUUCCCAGUGUACAGCCGAGGACAGGGCUGUCCUGUUUGGUCGAGGCGGACAGCUGUUAGCUUUCUUGGAGUCUAUUUGUGGUCAGCCUUGCGAACAGGACUCCACGCAAAGUCUGGUUCAAUGUUAUGCCGCCAUUAACGUCAACCCUGAACAUAUUCUCAGCCAGAACGCCUCCAUUGUCGAGGACAAGUACACAAUUGUUGGCAAAAACGAUACUGAGUUUGAUAAUUUUUGCAGAAAUCGACAGAAGCUGUUCUCCUGCCUAGGCCCCCUAUCGAGCAUGUGUCCCGGGUUGCUGCAGCGGUUGUAUUUGAUCGGGAUUGACCUGCAGGCUAUGGAGACUGUCUCGGGAGUUUUGUGUAGCGACAAACAGGGUUACCUGAAAGGACUCACCUGCGCCAGCACGCCAUCCCCAGACAUGGCUCAGUGUAGCCAAGUAACGGGGACAAACAUGAGAGCAGCAGUUCAAGGCCGCUUCCAGACCGGAAGUAUCGUACCGUCCAAGUACAUGGAGAAUCUCUGCAAAACCAAGCUGACCCAAAUGGCUUGUGAGCUGCCCGCUUAUGGCAAGAGCUGUGACCCCGACGCAGUGGCUGUGAGAACCAGCGUGGAGUGUGGCAUGUUGCCCAAGCCUUGCCGGGAGAACGCCCAGUUCCAGUCCGACUACAACGCCGUCUGUCAAAAGGUGACCACUCAAACACCUAUUCAGGUUGUUCGACCAACCCAGGGACAACCAGGUAUAAUGCCAGGAGGUGGACCUAUCCCUUCUGCUACAUCGCCAACAGUUGCUACAGGCAAGAGUCGAUCAUCGUCCGCUGAUUAUCUGAGAUUGUCUACUGCAGCGUUUGUGGUCACUUCUGGAGUCCUUCUGUUGGUCUUCACCUAG